UUCACAUUUUACCACAAUCAGUAUUUAAAUGUUUAAACAUUUGACGCGACUCAGCAUGAAAUGCGUAUCGUUUCUUUUUAGUGUGCAACAUAUGUGUAGCGUCGUUGUGAUCGUAUGAUUCGUGUAACUACUGGUUUGAAAGUUUUAUAGAAAUAUGGACACAUCUAAGAAGAUGCUAUGGUUUAAAGAAAUAGUGUUAUGCUCUGUGUGCUUUGUAGUUUGCAUUUCAGCAUCAUCAGUCGUUACUUUACAUGUGCAAUUAAUCGAAACAUCACCAAGAGUAAAAUAUGAAUUGGUGUGCUCUUGGGCAAUUGACCCAUACGCUCCAGUCGGUGUGUACAGAAAAAAGAAGUCUGACACUGAUUGGCAGUAUAUCUUGACGAUAUCUUAUCAUGAGAACGGUUGUUCUAUAAGACCGCCGUCUCAGCCUGAUGGUGUGAAAUGCGGAUGUUUAAUCCGUGGACGUACAGGUUGUAAUAUAACAAGCUCUCCGGAAAUCAGUGAAGACGUCGAAUGGAUGUGUGAAAUUCUUUCCAGACCAGUAAUAAAACAAAGCAAUAGUGUCACUGUAUCAAUAAAAGAUAUUAAUCAAAAUAAAGGACAGGAAUACGUUUUCUAUACAACGGAAAACCAAAGCGUUUUGCUGAAUUGUUCUGACGAUAAAUCAAUUACUAAGAAAUCAACGCAAUCAAUCUCAGUGAACGAGUUUUUAGUACAGUCUUUGCGAAAUGGAACGCAGUUUAACCGAAUCCAAAAGAGUGAAACAAAUGAGCACUUUAAUGUUUCAUUUACAAGGGAUGAUAACGGCACCUUUAUGUCUUGCAUACGUGGGCUAAGGAUCAUAGCCCGAUGGACAAUCGUCGUGUUGUAUCCACCGACUGUUUUUGACAUGGGAUACAUUGCAAUUAUAGAGAACAGAACAAUCAGCAAGGAAUGCAAGUAUAUACAUGGCAACCCAACGCAGACAAAUAUAUCUUGGUGGGUAGGGAGUAAGUUAGUUGUGCUCGGCAGUCAGCUCAUAAUAAAUCAAGUUAGCAGACAGAGUGCUGCAAUAUACAUGUGUGAAGCAAUGAAUCGUUUUGAUCAAGAUGAUUUGACAUAUAUUGGCCAAGGAUCGGGCAUGUUGCAACUCAAAGUCCAGUAUCCCGCAACAAUAACACGAUUUCACAUCAACGCAUUACCCCAAAAUAUGCAAGUGACGCUGAUAGAAACUGAAAAUGCAACAUUUCAAUGUAUCGGAGAUGGCAAUCCUCAACCAACACUUACAUUAAUAAAACAGCCAACAGAUGAUCUAAAUGAGACAUUAACACAUACCUUUGAUAGAAUGAUCCUCCGUUAUGACAUUGCGGCUGUUAGCAGUAAAGAUUCUGGCCAGUAUACCUGUGCAUCUUCCAACUCUAUUGGCGAGAAUGCCAGAAUUCUUCAUUUAUAUAUAAAAAGUUUACAAGAACUUGGGAAUCUUAUGCACGGAAGAUCGAUGCUUGUAACUGAUACCUCAGUUAACUUACAAUGGAUUCUUUCCGACGCUGGAGCGCUAAAUAUAGUGCAAAACAACACGUGUUUUGUUCUUUACAAGACUAGUAAAGAAAUAGUUUGGGACAAAGUUAUAAUAGAUAUAAAUUGGACGCUGAAUUUGACAUUACUAAAGCUGGAUCUUGAGCUUACGCACCUGCGUCCUGACAUUCAGUAUGAAGCUCAGUUGAUAGCAAGUUUCUCGUCUGGCAAUUACUCCAUCGCACCAACAUUGACGUUCAAGACAAGUUUCUUGUCUGGCAAUUACUCCAUCGAACCAACAGUGCCGUUCAAGACAUUGUCGUUUUCAGAAGAGACGAAACUUUACAUAAUUGUUGCGGCUAUUGUCGGUUCGGUGCUUAUCAUGUGCAUCAUGGGCGCAGUUCUGCGACUGUGUUUGAAAAGAUCACUAAGAUCUGAUACACAGGGAGAGAUUGAAAACGUACGGAUGAGCGCGCGAAAUAAUAUGGCCACCAUGAGUACGGUAGGAAAUGCAUCUGAAUUUGAAGACCAUUACGAUUGCAUUGACAUGAGCAGAAUGCAUCCAAGUAUCGAUCCACAAGUCGCUCGAAGUGCUCAUAUUGAAUCAGUCCCUCUUCAAAUUAUUGGUGGAACCAAUCUACGUGAUGAAAUAUGUUUGCAGACUAAAACGGCCAAUAAAGACGCCUAUUACAUCCUGAAUCGCGCUAGAAACCCGUCUGAGGAGCAGUACAACUAUUUGGGAGAGGUUGAUGAAUGUGAAGUAGAAGAAUACACGACUGAGUGCUGCCAUAGCAGUAGUUCGACAACCGAUUCGGUAAUCUCCGACACAUGUUUACAGUACUUAACAGUGAUUGACAACCUGCCAACUCCACCCGAAAGUUUCUUAACCAGUGAAUAUGAUGAUGUUGCGAACACUUCUAUACAACCACGUUCAUAGAAUGCAUGGCCCAAAUAAAACAACUUGGGUCUGUUCUUUUAAUGCUACCAUUUUCAGACAUUGUUCUGUGUCUACGUCCUCUUCGUCCUUACAUGAUGGCGAGGAUUUUUUGAACGUGUAGCGAACAAACAGAUACGCAAUGGAGAUCUGGUAGUGUCUUGGUAAACGUGUAGGACAUGGAAAGCUUUUGAGUAUGCUUACAACGUAUAUGGUGAGAACGAGAAAGGAAAAUGGAAACAGUACCAAUCAUUUAUAUACUACAUUAAGAUCUGAUAGAGACGCAUGCGGAAUUCAUGGUCGUAACGCUGACGUGUGCACUUCAGGUCGAUCUCUCGCUGUGUUUCUUCUACGCUUGAAAUUCGUUCAUUUGUCUACAUCGCGUCCACAAAAGACCUCAUCAACAAUGCCGCACAAUCUUCAUACGUUUAUCCAGAUCCUUAACCCGAUCUGUGCCUGAUGCAGAUUUUUAACUACAUUAACAUUGUACAUAGAAUGUGUUAAUAGAAAGGUAAAGUAGCAGUGCAUAAACACAAAAAGAUACCGUGUUCUCUCUGACGGAAACAGAUCCUGGUAGAAUAAAAAAUCACAUCUGUUCUGCUAGCCAGAAAGUGACGCCAGCCGUGGAGAUGAUCGAGCGUUUUCUGGGUUGCUUAAUUGGACAAAAAGCUUUAUUUAUACUGUGUUUAUAUUGUUUUUGUUGUGUACGUUUUUUGUUUUGGUGGUGUUUAUUUGUUGCUUUUUUAUCGGGGAGGGUUGAUGAAUAAAAUAUUUCGACGCAAGUAUAAGAGGUAGACUUAUACCUGACAUGUUGUUUAUCUGCGCUUGAACUCGGAGUGUUUCCCAUCACUCCUACCUAAUUAAGUUAUUGGAAUCGCUCAAGUUGUGAGCAAUAUUGAAUUGUUUGUUCGUAUUUUGUGUGGUCUUGGGCUGUGGAAGCUGUGGGGACAGGAGUUCAGGAAUAUGAUAAACAGCACAUAUGACUUUUUUAUGUUUCUCAGAAGAUAAAGCAAGAAGAGCACGCAUCG